GUCUGUACGACGUUCUUCCUGCUUUUAGAACAACACCACGCAAACACAAAUGUUUUACUACGGCGGAGCGAAGUAGCCUACUGAGAAGCUCGCACGAUGUGCGGAUGACGCCUUCUGGAUACUCAAAGGACAAGGUUAAACUUAAUUUAAUUACAGAAAGAGUUCUACCAGUGGGCUUUUUCCGUUCGUGGAUAACUUGUUGGUGUGUUAAACUAUGUAAAGUCUCAACGAUAAUUCAAAAGAAGUUAGAGACGCGCCUGGACUGCUUCAGCUUCUGACGGAAUGCCCAAAGUCUUCGAGGCGUGUAUUCUGAAUCAAACGAUAGAAUUUGUAUUUGCGACGGAUGGGUGUCGGUUACCCAACUGACUAAGGGACCUCACCUCAGAUCCUUAAUGUGUUCCCCCACAGCAGCUGCCAUGGUGGGCUCCUGGACCCCCAGACCAGACCAGGACUAGGGCCCCCAUGGGCCCCUGCUCAGCCAGCAGGCUACUAUGGCAGCGUAUGCCCUCAACACUCUAAUCAUGAUGAACACCAACAACCUGAAGAGUGAGAGCUGUCCGCGUUCUGGCCGGCCGGUACUGCCGGUGCCCGACCGCUCUACAUACUGCCCCUUGCUAGGUGGAGGCCCCUACAGCCCUGCCAGCCUCAGCCCCAGUGGAGGUUCCUUUGUGUUUCCCCCCUCCUCUGGCCCCCCCAGCCCUCGCACCCUUUCACCCACCCCCUCCAGCCCCCGUGCCUGCUCCCCUGGCCGCCGGCCAGACACCCUGGGGGUGAUGGUGGGCAACCGUGUGCGUCGGCUGAGCUCUGGAGGAGGAGGGGCAGGGGAGGAGGAGGCCAACGGGGAGGUGCAGGCACGGAGGUCCGUCCAGGCCCUCCAGAUAAGCCGGCAGCUGCAGAACGUGGAGGUGAUAAAGAAGGUGGGUCUAUUCGAGGCUCAGAUCUCCGGUCUCAGAGCCCAGGUGCAGACUGCAGAGCUGCAGCGUAGUCCCAGACCCUCGCGCAGAACUGGCUCCUCCCCCCAAACACUCAGCCCUGCCCUAGGCCCGCCCCAAGCCCCGCCCAGCCCCCAGUCCAGGGACAGCCCAUUCCUGGGGAUUCCCAAUGGGAGGGGGGCAUGGAGAGGGGAUGAAGGAGACAAGAGCAGCAGGACUAAGCUAAAUAGGGAGGUGAGCAGCGAGACUGGAAACAGAACAGGAGGAUGUCAGACUGAAUGGCUCAGUUCUGCUAGGAGUCACAACAGCCACUCCUCUGUGAGCACAUCACUAACUGGCAGCUCUCUACCUUGGGGAGAGAACAGGUGGGAGACAGAGGAGGGGGAGGAGAGAGAAGGCAGAGGGGAGAGAGAACAACAGCCAGGAGGUCCCCAGACCAAGACGUGUCUAGGAGAGCCAGCAGGAGAAGAGCCAACGGAAACCUACCCGACAGAGUGCACCUUGGCCUGGACUGGUGACAAGGGCCGCCUCCUGGAACUGGGGUCUGCCUCCACCCCCAGCCUUUCCACUUUCACACCCAGCCUUUCCACCCCCAACCCCAGCCUCUCCACCCUUACCUCCACCCCCAGCCUCUCCACCCCCAUCCCCAGCAUUUCCACCCCCACCAUUCCUGCCGUUAUAGUCACCCUCCACGGGAUGGAAGCCCCAGCAGAGGGCCCUGAUGCAGGGGUAUCUGGCCAGCCUCAGCCCUGCCCCAGUACCGGCCACUGCCCCAGCCCCGGUCCCAACCCAAGCCCUGGCCACAGCCCCCGCUCCAUUCGCUCCCUCAGGAAGCUCUCCUCCUCCUCAGCCUCUUCCACUGGUUUCUCCUCGUCCUGGGAGGAGUCAGAAGAUGACAUUUCCAGUGACCCGGAGAGGACUGAGGGACUCGUGCCUGCCCUGCUCAACACCCAGCAAAGAGCUCACAAAUCAUGGAAGAAGAUCAAAAACAUGGUCCACUGGUCCCCCUUUGUAAUGUCAUUCAAGAAGAAGUAUCCAUGGAUACAGCUUGCAGGGCAUGCAGGCAGUUUCAAGGCGGGGGCUAACGGGCGUAUCCUGAAGAAGCACUGUGACUGUGAGCAGCGCUGCCUGGACUGGCUCAUGAGGGACGUGCUGCGGCCGUACAUCCCGGCCUAUCACGGGGACGUGGAGAAGGACGGGGAGAAGUACAACCAGAUGGACGACCUGCUGGCUGAGUUCGACCUGCCUUGUGUCAUGGACUGUAAGAUGGGAGUCAGGACGUACCUGGAGGAGGAGCUGACCAAGGCCCGGAAGAAGCCCAGCCUGAGGGAGGACAUGUACGCCAAGAUGGUGGAGGUGGACCCCGAGGCCCCCACCCCGGAGGAGCGCCGGCAGCAGGCCGUCACCAAGCCCAGGUACAUGCAGUGGCGGGAGACCAUCUCCUCCACCGCCACACUGGGCUUCAGGAUCGAGGGCAUCAAGAAGGAGGAUGGAACAGUGAACAGAGACUUUAAGAAGACCAAGACUAGAGAGCAGGUCACAGGGGCCUUCCAGGACUUUGUGAAAGGAAACCAUAACAUCCUGAUGUGCUAUCUGGACAGACUGAAGGAAAUCAGGGAUACGCUGGAGAUAUCUCCCUUCUUCAAAACUCAUGAGGUGAUUGGCAGCUCUCUGCUGUUCGUCCAUGACCAUCGUGAGCAGGCCAAGGUGUGGAUGAUUGACUUUGGGAAGACGACUCCCCUGGCAGAGGGCCAGGAGCUGAGCCAUAGGGCCACCUGGGCGGAGGGGAACCGCGAGGACGGCUACCUGCAUGGCCUCGACAACCUCAUAGACAUCAUCACCUCCAUGGUUACCAACUCUGAGAACACAGCUGUGUCUAAUUCCCUCACCCCUCCACAUGAGGAUGCCCCGACCCCUGACCCCUCCACAUGAGAAUAUCCUGACUCCUGACCCCCUCACAUGAGGAUGCCCUGACCCCUCCACAUGAGAAUAUCCUGAGCCCUGACCCCCUCACAUGAGGAUGCCCUGACCCCUCCACAUGAGAAUAUCCUGAGCCCUGACCCCUCCACAUUAGAAUAUCCUGACCCCUGAC